CCCAACUCCAUUGGGCGUCCCAUCCUUAUUGGGUGUCCUGUACCCAUUGGGUGUCCCAUCCUUAUUGGGUGUCCCAUCCCCAUUGGGUGUCCCAUCCCGACUGGGUGAAUCAAUUCCCAUUGGGUGUCCCAACUCCAUUGGGUGUCCCAUCCUUAUUGGGUGUCCUGACCCCAUUGGGUGUCCCAUACCCAUUAAGUGUCCCAUUCUUAUUGGGUGUCCCCAUCCAUACUGGGUGUCCCAUCCCCAUUGGGUGUCCCAUCCUUAUUGGGUGUCCUGACCCCAUUGGGGUCCCAUCCCUACUGGGUGUCCCUUCCUUAUUGGGUGACCCUACCCCAUUGGGUGUUCCAUCCUUAUUGGGUGUCUCAACCCCAUUGGGUGUCCCACCCAUACUGGGUUAUCCAACCCCAUUGCGUGUCCCAUCCUUAUGGGGUGAUCCAUCAUUAUUGGGUGAUCCCAUCCCCAUUGGGUGUCCCAUCCUUAUUGGUUGCUUUGACUCCAUUGAGUGUUGCAUCCCUACUGGGUGAAUCAAUCCCCAUUGGGUCUCCCAACCCCAUUAGGUGUCCUGGCCAUACUGGGUGAUCCAUCCUUAUUGGGUGUCCCGAUCCCAUUGGGUGUCCCAUGUCCCAUCUUUAUUGAGUGUCCCAUCCCCAUUGGGUGUCCCAUCCCUACUGGGUGAUCCAAUCCCAUUGGGUGUCCCAUGUCCUAUCCUUAUUGGGUGUCCUGACCCCAUUGGGUGUCCCAUCCCUAUUGGGUGAUCCAUCCUAAUUGGGUGAUCCAAUCCCAUUGGUUGUCCCAUCCCCAUUGAGUGUCCCAUCCUUCUGGGUGUCCCGACCCCAUUGGGUGACCCAUCGAUACUGGGUGAUCCAUCCUUAUUGGGUGUCCCGACUCCAUUGGAUGUCCCAUCCCCAUUGGGUGUCCCAUCCCUAUCGGGUGACCCAUCCUUAUUGGGUGAUCCAGUCCCAUUGGGUGUCCCAUAUCCCAUCCUAAUUGGGUGUCCCGACCCCAUUAAGUGUCAUGACCCCAUUGGGUGUCCCAUCCCUACUGGGAGAUCCAUCCUUAUUGGGUGUCCCGAUCCCAUUGGGUGUCCCAUCCUUAUUGGGUGUCCCAUCCAUACUGGGUGUCCCAAUCCCAUUGGGGUCCCAUCCCUACUGGGUGAUCCAUCCUUCUGGGUAUCCUGACCCCAUUGGGGUUCCAUCCCUAUUGGGUGAUCCGACCCCAUUGGGUGUCCCAUCCCUACUAGGUGUCCCAUCCUUAUUGGGUGUCCCAACCCCAUUGGGUGUCCUGACCCCAUUGGGUGUCUCACCCCACUGGGCGUCUCCCCUAUUGUGUCCCCCCCAUUGUGUGCCCCACAUCACUCUGGAGCUGGCGGCGGUGGCCAACAUCUUUGACGCCAACAACGACGGCUUCAUCGACUACUGCGAGUUCAUCAGCGCGCUGCACCCCAACCGCGACCCACAGCGCCGCGCACACGACGCCGACCGCAUCCAGGAUGAGGUGAACAGACAAGUGGCGCAAUGCAACUGCGCCAAGCGCUUCCAGGUGGAGCAGAUCAGCGCCAACCGCUACCGCUUUGGUGAGUCGCAGCAGCUGCGCAUGGUGCGGAUCCUUCGCAGCACGUUGAUGGUUCGUGUCGGGGGCGGCUGGAUCGCGCUGGACGAGUUCCUGUCAAGGAACGAACCCGUGCCGAGUGAAGGGCCGGACCAACGUGAAGAUCAACGAGAAAUACCUGAGUCCCGACACCUUCGGAACCGGCCGAUGCUCCGGGAUCCAAUCGGCACCAUCGUCCAAAGCUCUGUCCCCCAGCCGGUCCAAUUCCAGCCUCAGCCUCUACAGCAGCGCAUCGGCACCCAGCAGCCCCUUGGCCAGGAAGUCGGUUCGGCGGCGGACCCGCUCCGGUGACCGCUGCCCUCCCACCCGCGGUUCGCUGCCGCCCGACGGCGCGGAGCUGCGCUUCAACGCGGCCGAGGAGGAACCCCACGCCACCCCACCGGAUCCACCCGACGGUUCCCCCCUGGAGCGCCGCAGUCCGUGCCGCUGACCCCCCGUUGCCGCCCGGCCUCGGCCGCCCCCCACUCAGGACCGUCCCCCCUGGGGCUGGAGGACGGACACGCCGCGGGACCCCCAGCUCCAAUGGCGGCUCUGACGGCAGCUCCACGCCGAUGGCUGCGCUGUGGGUCCGGGAGCACCCUAUGGAUAUAUGGAUAUGCAACCCCCCCCACACACCCCCCAACCUCCCACCCCAAGGCCACACGUGGCCGCCCGAUGUCCCCCGCUCCCUGUGCCGCUUCGGCGCUGCGCUCCCGGGAGCACUCGGCCCAAAAGACCCAAAUAAAGACCCCCAAAAGACCCAAAAUGCCAUUAAUUUGCCCCAAAACUCUGGGACCCCACGCUCCGUCCCUGCGCCCCGGGGGCGCUCAGCUUCAGCCGGGCCGGGCCGUCCAUCCGCUCCCGGUGGGUGCGGGGUUCCCCCUUGGGCUCACGGCCCCGAUUCUGGUGCUACCCCCCCCACAACCCCUCGCCUCUCGGCCGCCCCUCCCCAACCCCCCCAACCCCGGGUGGGGGUCCCUCUUUCCUCAUCCCGGUCAGGAGGUCCCUCUUUCCUUGUCCCAGGCAGGGGGUCCCUUUUUCAUCAUCCUGUGCAGGGGGUCCCCCUUUCCUCGUCCCGGGAGGGGGGUCCCUCAUUCCUUGUCCUGUGCAGGGGGUCCCUCUUUCCUCAUCCCGGGUGGGGGGUCCCUCAUUCCUCGUCCCGUGUAGGGGAUUCCUCUUUCCUCAUCCCAAGUGGGGGUCCCCCGCAUUCCUCGUCCCAGGUGGGGGAUCCCCCUUUCCUCGUCCUGGUGGGGGAUCCCUCUUUCCUCAUCCCAGGUGGGGUCCCUCUUUCCACGUCCCAAGUGGGGGUCCCCCCCUUUCCUCGUCCCAAGUGGGGGUCCCCCCCUUUCCUCGUCCCAGGUGGGGCUCCCCCUUUCCUCGUCCUGGUGGGGGGUCCCUCUUUCCUUGUCCCGAGAGGAGGGUCCCCCUUUCCUCGUGCCGGGUGGGGGGUCCCGGCUGCGCCCCGCAUGUUCCCCGCUCCCCACUAACCGGACGGCAUUAGAGCUGAAUGUAACCACGGCGGGGCGCAGCCCCACAAUAAACACUCGAGGGCUUUUUCCGUCCGCAUCCAAGGGCGGGCCGGGCCGGGCCGUGUG